AUGGAUGCAUUGAUUUUAUUGCAAAAUGCAUACCGCCGUAAUUUACAACGAGAGAGAGUUUUUCGCGACAGGUCGAACGAUCUUGAAACUCUCGAUGACAACCAACUCAUUUCGAGGUACCGGUUUCCACGAGCAAAAAAUAAAGGCAGUAGCCAUAUUUAUGAUAUAUUAAGAGAAAAUAUUUCUAUAAAAUCACAAAUUAAAUAUCAUACGUUAGGCUAUAGAGUUUUGGUGACUUUGCGUUUCCUCGCAAAAGGAGAUUUCCAGUCCGAAACUGAAGAUAUCCAUGGAGUCACCAAACCUUCAGUUUCACGAUCAAUAUCAGCCGUUUGUAAUUCCAUCUGUAACAAUAUGGACAAUAUUUUAUUUCCAAAUGAUACAGAAGAAUUGAGAAGGAUCAAGGAGGAAUUUUAUGACAUGGCACAGGUACCAAAUGUUGUAGGCGCCAUUGAUGGUACUCUAAUUCCUAUCCAAGGAAUGUCAUCUGAUGAUGAACACGUUUACGUGUGCAAGAAGGGAUUCCAUUCCUUGAACAUCCAAGCUGUAGUAGAUGCUAAAAUGAGGCAAUGA